AGCCACCAUGUUUAGAGGACUUGGUUGUCACAUCAAAAACAGAAGAAUUAUAUAUUCACUAUGUGUUUAGAGUCUUGGGUAACUCUCCAAAUGUCAAAGAGAUAAAAUGGGCACAGAAUGCAUCGGUGUUAGAUUUGCCAAACGACAAAUAUCGUGGAGGAGGAUUAGCAGAUAAUUGUAUUGAAAUUUUGAGUCCAGGUGAAGAAGACAAGGGAGAAUAUACCUGUACAGUUUCAAAUGCUGUUGGAUCCGUUUCAAAGAGUAUGAAUUUAGACAUACCUAGUGCACAAAUACUUUCAACGUCGAAUUCGAAGGUCAUCUGUGGAUCAGAUACUAGAUUCGACUGUCGCGUAUCUGGAUGUCCUCUUCCUGACAAAGUGGAAUGGCAGAAAAGUCUUGAUGGAACAACUUUUAAUCAUGUUGAUAUCUACGAGAGGAAAUAUUUUGGAAGUAGUACUGAUCCACGUUCUCCGUUUUUACUUUUAUGGCAAACUACUUUAAAUGACCAACAAUAUUAUCAGGUCGUUGUAUGGAAUUUAAUGGGAAAGUGCACGAGCAAUAAGUAUUUCCUACAAAUUACAGGAGAUCGACCAAACAUAUCUGAAGGAACAUGCACCUUACAAGGUCACGCAGUCAAACUGAGAUGUGAUGUCUUUCUUUAUGACGAAUCGCCUACUUUAACUGAUGUGUAUUGGACUAAAGACGGUAUUAAGCUUAACAUUGGCAGAAGCGGUGGGAAAUAUUUGAAAGUGGAUGUAAAUAACCAAUCACUGAUAAUCAACAACGUCAGUUAUAAUGACGCUGGAGAUUAUAAACUUAUUGCUAUCAACGCGGUUGGUGAGACUAGGAGCAAAGGAAUUGUUCUAGGUGUUCCAGAGAUUCUUUUAGAAGAACCUUUUUGCGAGAAAAAAGAAGAUGGAAGCCAGUGGCUUACGACGACAAUUAAAUCAGUACCAGUUCCGCAUGUUGUGAAAUGGAGCAUAAAGGAAAACGAUUCAAACAAUUAUCAAGCAAUCAAUGUUAGUGCUGAAGAAUAUAAUGGAACAACAAGUACUUUUCCCCACCCUGUGUUAGUUAUAAAACAUCCAGAAAAACUAGAAAAUUGCACUUUUAAAAUAGAGGCCAAAAACCGAAUCGGAAAGGUAGAAAUGAUGAUUCCAGGUAAAAUAUGUCAAGACAGUCUGAAGAGAAAACAAAAACGUCCUGGUAAGAUACACUUUAGACUUCUGUUUCACAUGGAUGGUGGAUCUCGUGUUCCGAUUAGCAAAUUGCUUAAUCACCUAGCAGAGAAAUUCCCUACAGAAAAGAUUAAUCAACUAAAAUUUCUCAUUCGAGCAUCCUGCAAUAUUAAAGAACAUACAAAAUUAAAUCAAGCAACAACUGCAGCAGAUUGUUUUUUGGUUCUUUUGGAAGAAGAGAUUAUUACCACAUCUAACGUCAUUGCUAUGCAGUUUUUACUUGAAGAAACAAAAUGUGAAGAACUUGAAAGGAUAUUGGUUGAGUAUGCUAAGAAGAGGAAACUAAUAUAUUAUUACGAGAAGCCAUCAGAAAACGGAUUUAAAAACGUUCGUUUCCACAUAGAUGCAAAUUUACAUCAUUUUAGUUUUGAAGAUGAAACCAAAAUGAAAGAAACCGUCGCCAGUAUAGUUGGAUGUUCUACAGAAGACGUCAGGGUCAAUGGAUAUAUCCGCUCGACUAGUUUUUAUAUGGUUUUAUCGAUCAGAGGAAUUUACAUUGAUAAACUAUUUAGUAUAGAGCAACACGACAAAGACAAACUUAGCAAACUGAACAUCGACUUUUUUGAAGAUGACUUUCGCACAAUAAGCUUGAAAGGAACAACAGGCCCUGCAGCAAUGAAGGAAGAACUGCUGUGCUACUUUAAGCAAGGCAUCAUCGGUCGAUUGAGUCUGCACACCACAGCUUUGUACUCUAGGCAACCUUCUAGCACACACAUCGAAAUUGUGUUGUGGGGACUCGAAACGCAUUACCAGUUAGUGAUAACUUGCGCCACUGGCCAGUUAGUGGAGCGUGAUCACCAACUUGAGACCAGGUUCCAAUGA